CUACAGAAAAAUGGCAUAUAAAAGAGUGGAAGAGCCUCGAUGAGCCUCCCAGCUCCAUCAGCCUCCUAUCUAGCAUCAGAAGUUUCACGAUCAUCUCACGAUCAUUAUGGUGUCCUCAUUCGCUAUCAAGGCCAUAGUUGCCUUUCUCGCCUCCUCGGCAUCUGCUCAGCUCAUUGGCAAGGAGCAGACCGAGACCCACCCUAAGAUGACAUGGCAGCGAUGCACUGGCAAAGGUGGAAACAGCUGCACCAAUGUCAACGGAGAGGUCGUUAUUGACGCCAAUUGGCGAUGGCUCCAUGUCAAGAAUGGCUACGACAACUGCUACGACGGUAACAAGUGGAACACCACUGCUUGCCCAGACAACAAGACCUGCCUCCAGAACUGUGCCAUUGAGGGUGCUGACUACAGCGGAACAUACGGUGUCACCACUUCUGGCAACCAACUCAGCCUCAAGUUCGUUACGAAGGGUCAAUAUUCUACCAACAUUGGCUCGCGCAUGUACCUCAUGAAGAACGCCGACUCUUAUGAGAUGUUCAAGCUCAUCGGCAACGAGUUCACUUUCGAUGUCGAUCUAUCUGCUCUCCCCUGCGGUCUCAACGGAGCUUUGUACUUCGUCUCUAUGCCCGAAAAGGGCUUUGGCACACCAGGAGCCAAGUACGGAACUGGAUACUGCGAUGCCCAAUGUGCACGUGACUUGAAGUACAUCAACGGCGAAGCCAAUGCUGAAGGCUGGGAGCCAUCGUCGAACGACCAGAACGCUGGCGUCGGCAAGCGCGGUGCCUGCUGCACUGAGAUGGACGUCUGGGAGGCCAACUCCGUCUCCACCGCAUUGACUCCUCACUCCUGCCAACCCGAGAAGUAUUCUGUCUGCGAAGAUACCAAGUGCGGCGGAACAUACUCUCUUGAUCGUUAUGCUGGAAGCUGUGAUGCCAACGGCUGCGACUUCAACCCCUUCCGCGUGGGUGUUAAGGACUUCUACGGCAAGGGCAAGACCGUCGACACAUCCAAGAAGAUGACCGUCGUCACCCAAUUCAUCGGCUCUGGAAGCUCCCUCACCGAGCUCAAGCGCUUCUACGUCCAGGGCGGCAAGGUCAUCUCCAACCCCGAGCCUAAGGUUGAGGGCAUGACCGGCAACACCAUCACCCAGAAGUGGUGCGACACCCAGCAGAAGGUGUUCCAGGAGGAGGUCUACCCCUUCAACAAAUUCGGCGGAAUGGCCAGCAUGGGCAAGGGUAUGGACCUCGGAAUGGUCCUCGUCAUGUCUCUCUGGGAUGACCACUACGCCAACAUGCUCUGGCUCGACUCCAACUACCCCACCGACGCCGACCCGAACAAGCCCGGCGUUGCACGUGGCGAAUGCGACAUCUCAUCUGGCGUUCCCGCCGAUGUCGAAUCCCAACACGCCGAUGCCAAGGUCGUGUUCUCGAACAUCAAGUUCGGCCCCAUUGGUUCCACUUUCGCCCAGCCCGCGUAAAGUCCCCAAUCAAAGAUUUCGGAUAGAUCGACGAGCGUCUAGAAUGAUUGAUAGUUCGGCAAGUAGGAUCAGGGA